CUUUGGACUCAGCUCUGGACUGUUCAAAGUCUCGAAAAAUACCUGAGACCGCCUUCCUAACACCGCACUCUUCACCGUCCGAAGUUUCUCUUAGACAAUUACUAGUAUUUGAGUAAAUCAGUAACUUCCUACCGAAAGAUUCUUUGCCGAAAAUGCUCGGCGGCGGUCCCGUCACCAGGCGCCGAACGAGUGUGCUGGCCGACGCCCGAACCCCAUCUCGGACGACGCCCCGAAAGCAAAGCGCAUCGAGAUCAGCUGCAACUGAGAAGAAGGAGCCUGUGCCGAGAGCGAAGACGCCAGUCCGAGAUAAAAAGCAGGAUGGCAAUGGGGAUGAGGAACAAUCGCCGUUACUGAGUUUCCGGCAUGCUUUACCCCCCAACCUGAGGGCUCUGCAAGACGAUACAGCUGAUGAAGCGGACGAACCACCGCAACCUGAAUCUUCGAAAAAGCGCAAACGCGGCGAAGUACCUACGAGCGACAGGAAGACACGGAGUUCGCGAGCGAACAAUCCUGUUACGAAUGAAUCCGAUAGCGAGUUGUUGACGCUCAGUGAGAUCAAACAGCGGAAGACCGAACGUGUGGUGAUGGAGGAGGACAAGGGACCGGCACGGCCGAAUCCAUUCGCGGCUUACGCUUCACCUGCUUUAGCAAAGGAUCGAGAAACGAUUGCUCAGGUGGAGGUGCUUCGCACACCAACAAAAACGAGAUGUAGCCACAGUGCCGCUGGCAAUCAGACAUCCCCAACGAAAGCUGAACAAUGGUUGGAUAUUACACCACGCGCUCCCAAAAGUGGAGUGAAAGCGUCUGCUUUGUCCACGAAAGCUAAAAGCCCCGCUGCUGCGGUAAGGAAGCCAAGUGGAGCCACACUCGAGGUUGUGAUUCCGAGUACGCCCUGCCGAACCGCUUUGCUGAAGAAUGUGAGAAGCCCUGGCGUCGCCAAUGUGCAGCUUUCGAUGGGGACCCCGACACGCCCAGCGAAGGGGCCAGGAACGCCCAAAAAGUCCCCGGCUGUAGGAGUGAAGCAUACGGCGAAGAAGUCUGCGAGCGUGCAUGUGACGGAUGAGGAUGUGACGAAUGCUCGGAAAGCGGUGUUACUGAGGCUGACGGAGAGAAACUGUCCGAGGAGGUUGAUAGGGUUGGACGAACAAUUCCAGAAGAUUUACGGGCUUAUGGAACGCACGGUCCGGAGGGGCGAGAGCAAUUCCGUUUUGCUGGUAGGCAACAGGGGAACGGGAAAAAGCACGGUUAUCAAGAAAGCCUUCACAAAGCUCUCCCGCACCUUCCAAUCCUCCGCCUCCACCGCAAAGCCAUUCUACGAAGUCCACCUCUCCGGCCUCUUCCACACCGACGACCGCCAAGCCCUUCGCGACAUUGUACGGCAACUCCAAUCCCAGCAACUCGCACCGUCCUCCUCCGCAGAAGCCCUCUUGGAAACCGGCUCCUUUGCGGCGUGUCUGGCUUACGUCCUCGAAAGCUUAAAUCAGGGCACGUUGAAGAGCACGCCGGUGAUUUUUGUGCUUGAGGAGGUGGAUUUGCUGGCGAACCAUCCGAAACAGGCUUUGUUGUACAAUUUGUUUGAUAUGUGUCAGAGUGGGAAGAAUCCUGUGGCUGUUAUUGGGGUUACGUGCCGGAUUGACUUCAUUACUUUGCUGGAGAAGCGUGUCAAGUCUCGUUUCUCGCAUCGCCGUGUCGACUUGUACCCUCCAGACUCGAUGGCGGGGUUCUUGGCAAUCGCGCAGGAGGCCUGCAGUCUGGCGGUAUCGCCAUCUUCCGAAGUUGAGUUAGACUCGGACGCCCAGGCCACCGAGGCCGACGACGACGGAGUGACAAAUGCGGCAUACGUGGCAUUAUUCAAUGAGAAAGCGCUGGACAACUUCCUGAACCAUCCGCUGGUUCUCCGCGGGAUCAAGACGGUUUUCGAACAGAGCAAAGAUGUGAGAAAGGUGUUUAGGUUUUUGUACCCCUUGGCAGCUGAGCUCUCAACAUUAAACCCGUACCUCGGUGGCACGCUUUCCCCGCCCGCCAGCCCGCCCCCCACCCCGUCGACUCACAUGACAUCCUCACCGAAAGCUCCUUCCUAUAUAAAUACAUCCGCCUCGACGCUAGAAACGAUACCCAUCCACGAAACCCUCGGCGGAGCUCUACACACCGCCCCGAAACAGAGCGUCAUCCAAUCCCUUUCCUUGCUGGAGAUAAUGCUGCUGGUGGCAAGCGUACAGCUUUUCCGCAGACAUUCCAACACCAUAAGCCGGACUUCAAAGACCGUAGCUGCACCGACAUCCUCCUUCACAAGAGCACCGACAAUCUCGACAUCAAUAUCCACCGUCGACCCCGUCUUCAAUUUUGAAAUGGUGUACGACGAGUACCGCGACUUCCUCCGCACCUCCGCCUCAUCUUCGUCCAGCAACAGCGUUGCGGCUGUGGGCGGAAAGGUGCUGCAGAGCAAGAAUGUCGCUCAGAAGGCGUUCGAGAGACUGAUGGUGUUGCGGUUGUGUGUUGGUGUGGAUGGGGUUGGAAUCAGGUGUCCCAAGGGGUGGAGGAUGGUGAGGUUGGGUGUUGGGGUUAGGGAGGUGGAGCAAGCGGUGAAGGCUGGUAACUUGCCGACUGAGGUCGGGAGAUGGGCGUUGGGGAGGGCGUAAUCUGUCGCGGGAGAAUGUGUGUAGCCCGACAUGGUAUUUAGGGACCAUCGCCAAUACUCGGCUGUGGAUUGUUGAUAAAUGAAUGAUGCUUGGACGCAAUGAUCUCGAGAUCUCCGUAUGUAAAUAGGCAAGUAUGCCAUAUUCGUUUUUGGAGCGCUUUCGCAGCAGAUCUGGGUGACGUUUCAGGAAAUAUAUUUCCUCCGCAAGAGAGAGGCUAGCGGGACUAUCGCGCUUCGGCGGCGCUGGCGCUGUAUUGACUAAAGUCAUCUCGGUAUCUCCUGCGUCUGAGACGAUUGUCAUCCAUUUAGUCAUCCCGACACGCUUUCCA